AGUUGCCUGAUCCCAUGACAACAGUGAACCUCCUGGCAGCAAGGGUGAAAAACAAAGACCCUCUGGGACGGUGGCAGGGGGGAGCGCUGAGGGACGGGACUCGAGUUCUCAUUAGCGAGGUGUUACUGAAAACUUCCAUCUCUGCUUUAGAAUUCAGAGGUUCACUGGAGACUUCAUUCUGACUGUCAGGUCAGGUCACCGGGAGCAACAUGACAACAUACACAGACAAAGGUCAAAAGCACGAGCAGGGCAGGUUCCUCUGCUUUGAUCACUUGACAUUCUGGGUUGGAAAUGCAAAACAGGCUGCAUCAUAUUACUGUAACAAGCUGGGAUUUGAGCCUUUGGCCUAUCAGGGUUUGGAGACAGGCAUCAGAGAUGUCGUGUCCCAUGCUGUCAGGCAAGGAAAGAUCAUUUAUGUGUUUUCAUCCGCCCUCAACCCUGGAAACAAAGAGAUGGGAGAACAUUUAGUCAAACAUGGUGAUGGAGUGAAGGACAUCGCAUUUACUGUGCAGGACUGUGACUUCCUCGUGCAGAAAGCCAGGGAGCGGGGUGCAGUUAUUGUAAAGGAGCCCUACACCCUGGAGGACAAGUUUGGUAAAGUCAGGCUGGCUGUGCUUCAAACGUAUGGUGACACCACACACACGUUUGUGGAGAGGUCAGGUUACAGCGGGUUGUUCCUGCCAGGCUUCCAUCCCCCUCUGUUCAAGGACCCUUUAUUAGCCAAACUACCAAGUGGAAAACUCAACUUCAUUGAUCAUGUUGUUGGAAACCAACCGGAUGAUGAGAUGGUUCCAGUGGUGGACUGGUAUCAAAGAAACCUUCUCUUUCACCGCUUCUGGUCAGUGGAUGACAAGCAGCUGCAGACAGAGUUCAGCGCCCUGCGCUCCAUCGUUGUGGCAAACUACGAGGAGACGGUGAAGAUGCCCAUCAACGAGCCUGCCAUGGGCAAGAGAAAGUCUCAGAUCCAGGAGUAUGUGGAAUACUAUGGAGGUCCAGGAGUGCAGCAUAUAGCCAUGAACACAUCAGAUAUCAUCAGCGCAAUUCGUAACCUGAAGGAGCGUGGGAUGGAGUUUAUGUCUGUGCCGGACACCUACUACAACCAGCUGAGGGAGAAUUUGAAACACUCAAAGGUCAAAAUCUCAGAGGACCUGGAUGUCCUGCAGGAGCUGAAGAUCUUGGUGGACCACGACGACAAUGGCUAUUUACUUCAGAUCUUCACCAAGCCAGUUCAGGAUCGCCCCACUGUGUUCUUGGAGGUCAUUCAGAGACAUAACCACCAGGGCUUCGGUGCAGGGAACUUCAAGUCUCUUUUUGAAGCCAUUGAGGCAGACCAGCAUGCAAGAGGGAAUCUGACUAUCCUGACACCAAAUGGAGUGUCAAAGGACAUGUGAUCCUUGUACCAAUAAUACUAAUAAUAAUAUCAUUAUUCUCUAAAGAGAUGCUGUUGGUUUAGAAUUCAGAGCUGCAUCAAUGCUCUGAUAUUGUGAGAUACAAAAUAAAAAAAUCACAAACCAUGUUUAUU